AUGUCACCCCCACUGGCCGGCCUCGUAUUUGAACAUGGUAUUAGGAGCAUAGGUCGCAUGUGUGAUAGAAGGAACGGUGUUGUUCGAUCGUGUAAGAAGCAGCGUCGCAGUGUGGUGCAUGGCAGUGAAGGUAGCACAAUCUUCAAGAAUACCAAGAAAGGGUGA